AUGAAAGAUCGAUCGAGUGAAUUUAGGCAAAAAGCUGAGCAAUUUUUAACAGAUGAUAACACAUUCAUUUCGAUUGAUGUUGAAUCAAAUGUCAGUUUUGCGCAUGAUAGUUCCUUUUUUGCUGAAAUUGACGAAAUUCGAAAUGUAAUGGCCAAAUUAUCAGACGAUGUUGCCAGCAUGAAAUUGCAGCUGCGUUCAACCUUAGCUCAAACUAUCGUUGAUGAUAACCAAAAGGAAAAGCUGGAUGAAUGUAUGGCUGCUAUAAAGCAUCGCUCAGGUUUGUUACGAAAACAUUUGUUAGCAAUGAAAGAGAAUGUUAAAAAAACAGAAAAUGGAAAAAUCAUUGGAAUUAGCAAACGCAUCCAUCAAUAUCAUAUUGAAGCAUUGUUAAAAAAGCUUUCAAAUUUACUGGAAAUAUUUAAUACUGCUCAAUUAGAUUACAGAGCGGAAGUUGCAAGUUAG